AGAGAGAGAGAGAGAGAGAGAGAGAGAGAGAGAGAGAGAGAGAGAGAGAGAGAGAGAGAGAGAGAGAGAGAGAGAGAGGAAGAGAGAGAGAGAGAGAGAGAGAGAGAGAGAGAGAGAGAGAGAGAGAGAGAGAGAGAGAGAGAGAGAGAGAGAGAGAGAGAGAAUGAGAGAGAGAGAGAGAGAGAGAGAGAGAGAGAGAGAGAGAGAGAGAGAGAGAGAGAGAGAGAGAGAGAGAGAGAGAGAGAGAGAGAGAGAGAGAGAGAGAGAGAGAGAGAGGAGGAAGAGGAGAAGGAGAAGGAGAAGGAGGAGAAUUUCAAGAAGAGCAGCAGAAAAAGGAAGAGAGAGAGAGAGAGAGAGAGAGAGAGAGAGAGAGAGAGAGAGAGAAGAGAGAGAGAGAGAGAGAGAGAGAGAGAGAGAGAGAGAGAGAGAGAGAGAGAGAGAGAGAGAGAAGAGAGAGAGAGAGAGAGAGAGAGAGAGAGAGAGAGAGAGAGAGAGAGAGAGAGAGAGAGAGAGAGAGAGAGAGAGAGAAAGAGCGAAGUCAUGAAUAAUUGA